AUGACAACCAUGCCAAUGCAGGCGGUGGUGGGGUCGAAUUUCCGGGUUUCUGAAAUGGGAUAUGAGAAUUCAAUGGUGGAGAUAGGUUACUCAGGUAACCAGAUAACACUGCCAAAGCCCGUUCAAGCUGCGGCCACCACUUCUUCCGACUCCCAGGUGGGUGGCGGAAGGAAGCGGCGAUUCACAGAUGAGAUGAUGGAGAAGACUAUUGAAAGGAGGCAAAGGAGGAUGAUCAAGAAUCGCGAGUCGGCUGCUAGGUCAAGGGCAAGGAAACAGGCCUACACCAAUCAGUUGGAGCAUGAUGCAUUUCAACUAAGGAGAACAAAUGAUUGGCUCAAAAAGCAGAAGUUAGAUGUAGAUGAAUCCCCAAGGACUACUGCUCGAGCAAAGCAAUUGUUGGUCUGCCAAGUGAAACUUGGUGCUGGGCAAAGUCUCUCUCCUAACUCUAAAGUCUCUGGUCUCUGGUCUCUAUUUACAGCAUUGAAGCCUUUGGAUCUGCUUAGCUACGCGUUUUCACUUCUCAAGGUGUCGACCGUACAAAUGGAGGUGAUCGCUAACCAGGCUUUGCUAACGUGCGCUAGGGACACUCUAUCCACUUUGCUGACCUCGAUUGCUGUUAUGGUCAAUGCUGAGGAUUCCAUGGCACUGUUGAUGACAAACGGACCCAAAGGUGAAGGAGAACAUCACGGCAAAAGCCAAUCAGAAUUGGUUGAUGUCGAGGGAGGAGCUGGCCGAUCCGAAUUGGAUGAUGUCGAGGGAGAAGAUGGAGAUGAAAAUGCCAAUGAUAUUGCUGAUGGCGGGGAGGACGGUGGCCUUGGAGGAGGCGAAGAGGACCCAUCUUCUGAAGAGGCAGGAGGGUACGGCAACAAUCCCAACAUCAAUGGCAAUGCCAAGAAUGAACCUGAAGGAGGAGCUGGUGGAGCAGGUGAAGAGAAUGGAGAGGACAAAGAUGAUGAUGAGGGCCAGAAUGACGAAGAUGACAAAGAAGAUAACCACAAUGAGGAAGAAAAUGAUGAUGAUGACGAUGAGGAGGAGGAGGAGGAUGGUGAGGAUGUGGAUGAGGAAGAAGUUCAAGAAGAAGAAGAACCAGAGGAUGAUGAGGAAGAGGAUGAAGACGAGGCAUCCCUUCAGCCUCCUAAGAAGAGGAAGAAGUGA